CAUUUUGCGAAAUGCCUGCUAAAACACAUUUUAAAUCCAAUCUCUUUUGGUAAGGCAUAGUAAAACAUGUGUUGAACGACUCUCAGCGGAAGUUGCAAACAAUAUACAUGUAUAAAUCGAUCGAUUAGCUUUCCUAACAAGUCGAGUAAGCCUACGCCGACCUUGAUUCAAUGAAUUCCUAAGAUGAAACCAAGAUCUAAGUAGGCAGAUAAGUAUGCAGUAGCAACUUGUACUGACCGUUUACCAAAUAUGGUAAAGACACGACAAAUACUUACGAUCACUUAUAAAUUAUUACAGUUUCUCCUCAACAGAGUAUUAGUUGUUUAAACUUCGUAAAAAUCAAACAAAAAUAACGAUGAGUCAAACUUUGUUCUCGAUUGCGCGAAAUCGGACGUCCUAUUACGUUGGCCAGUGAAUCAGCUGCGUCAAAAAUCAAUACUGCGCGCGUUACAUGAAUUCAUACCGCGUUUACGCUUACCUCGUGCCUUUUAACGCGACAAAUGUGAUUGAUAUGAACGAAAUAGUUAAAUUGAAUACGAGUUUUAUUGAAAAUUAGUCAUAAUUUAAAGUUAACGACGCUAAUUAUACGGACGAAAUUAAAUUAACACCGCCGUGAACGUAGCCACAGGUAAUAGCUGCAUUAGAUCAAGAACGCACCAGAUGGCGCAGUAGUACUCGUGAUGUUGUUACAUACUGUAUGGGCGUGUGAGUGCUUGUGUAAUAAAAUAAGUGUUUUGUGUUGUUUUAAGCGCUAAUGGAGCACAAAAACGGUAAACAGACUGAAAUGUGAAGACUUGAUUUGAUUGGAACACGCCAAACGAGUGCCUUACAAACGACUUAGUGCCUAACCCUAGAUACAGUAACGAACGAAACGAAGCGAAGACACGAUAUUACUGGUAUCAAGUGAAGAUAUAUCACCGCAAGCACCGCAGGGCUCGUGACGCAGCCUGCGCGCGCGCGUCGAGCUCGCUCUCCACCACAACUGGCGCCGGCUGACCGAGCCGCGCUCUGGUUCAUUCUCCUCGCGUCCGCGCCACCACUCGUUCUCUGCCAGUCCUCGGCCGCGCCGCGCCAGCGCGCACUCGCUAGACCUACAGGAGCUCGACGAUAGAUCACAACACACUGCUACUAUAUACAGAGCGCACUCUCUGAGCAAGAUGGCGGCUCUCUCGCUGAAGAUAUCAUUAGACGGCGGGCAGGCGGUCAAGACCAUCCAGUUCGACCCCGCCACCACCGUGUACGACGCCUGCCGCAUCAUCCGGGAGAAGAUACUGGAAGCCAGCAGUGGAGAUCCAAAAGAAUACGGCCUCUUCUUGGCCUCGGAAGAGGACAACAAGAAGGGGAUAUGGCUGGAGGCGUCACGCAGCCUCGACUACUACAUGUUGAGGAACGGAGACCUGCUGGAGUACAACAAGAAGACCAGGAAUCUCAGGGUCCGGAUGUUGGAUGGUACUGUAAAGACCCUGUUGGUUGACGACAGUCAGGUCGUGGCCAACCUCAUGGUGGUGAUCUGCACCAAGAUUGGUAUCACCAAUUAUGAUGAAUAUGGAUUGGUCCGUGAAGAACAGAAAGACGAGCCGGACCCCUGCGAGAAGCCGAACUUCGGCACCCUGACCCUGAAGCGCAAGCACCAGGAGAAGGAACGCGACGCCAAGAUGGAGCAGCUGCGGAAGAAGCUCAGGACUGAUGAUGAAGUGAACUGGGUGGAGCCGUCGAAGACCCUCCGCGAGCAGGGCAUCGAGGGUCGCGAGACGCUGCUGCUGCGGCGCAAGCUGUUCUUCUCGGACCGCAACGUGGACUCGCGCGACCCCGUGCAGCUCAACCUGCUGUACGUGCAGGCGCGGGACGCCAUCCUCGAGGGCACGCAUCCCAUCACCGUCGACAAGGCGUGCGAGUUCGCGGGCAUCCAGUGUCAGAUACAGUUCGGAGAUCACCGCGAGGACAAACACACAACCGGGUUUUUAGACCUUAAGGAGUUCCUCCCUGCCUCAUACAUGAAGGUGAAAGGUAUUGAGAAGAAAGUCUUCAAGGAGCACAAGAAGCACGUCGGCCUGUCCGAACUGGACGCCAAGGUGUUGUACACCAAAAGUGCCAGAGACCUGAAGACAUACGGAGUCGCCUUCUUCCUGGUCAAGGAAAAGAUGAAAGGCAAGAACAAGCUGGUCCCGCGCCUGCUGGGCGUGACCAAGGACUCUGUCCUGCGGCUGGACGAGAAGACCAAGGAGAUCCUGCAGACCUGGCCGCUCACCACCGUCAGGAGGUGGUGCGCCUCGCCCAACACCUUCACACUCGACUUCGGGGACUAUAGCGACCAGUACUACUCGGUGCAGACGACGGAGGCGGAGCAGAUCCUGCAGGUGAUCGCGGGCUACAUCGACAUCAUCGUGCGGCGCCAGCGCGCGCGCGACCACCGCGGCAUCGACGGCGACGAGGGCUCCGCCAUGCUCGAGGACUCCGUCUCGCCCAGCAAAGCCAACAUCAUCCAACAUGACACCUUCAAGUCCGGCAAGGUCAACACGGAGUCUCUCGCCAAGCCCGCCGUACACCGCCCAGGGGCUGAAGGAGCCAAACCCUUCGCGGUGGGCCACAUGACGGGCGCGCAGCAGACCACCGUCUCCGGACAGAUCAUUACGGGGCACACCCCGCCCGCUGCCUCGCAGGUGCAGCAGACCAAGGUGACGUCGAUCCUGUCGGAGCCGCAGCGCGCCCUGCUGUCCACCAUCACCACCGGCCGCGAGAUCAUCAAGCAGACCGAGGAGGGGCUCAGCAGGGCCUCGCUCCCCGGGCUGGGCUCGGACGCGGCCUCCGUCAAGUGGAAGCAGGUGACGCUGGACAGCAACAAGCAGGUCGUGACGUCACACAUCGCCGCCAUGAACGCGGCCACCGCGCAGGUCGUCACGCUCACUUCCGGUACAGAAGAAGUGGACCACACGGCAGUGGGCGCGGCCAUCACCACGAUCACGUCGAACCUGCCGCAGAUGACGAAGGGCGUGCAGAUGAUCGCCGCGCUCAUGGACGACGCCGACCACGGGGACUCGCUGCUGGACGCCACCAGGAAGCUCUGCUCGGCCUUCACCGACCUGCUCAAGGCGGCCGAGCCCGAGACCAAGGAGCCGCGCCAAAACCUCCUGAACGCAGCCUCCCGCGUCGGCGAGGCCUCCACAUCAGUCCUGCACACCAUCGGCGAGGAGACCGAGGAGCACAAGGAGACACAGGACAUCCUUCUCUCCCUGGCCAAGGCGGUGGCCAACACAACAGCAGCACUGGUCCUGAAGGCCAAGAACGUCGCCGCGCAGUGCAAGGAUGACCAACAGCUGCAGAACACCAUCAUCUCCGCGGCCACGCACUGCGCGCUCGCGACCAGCCAGCUGGUGGCUUGUGCUAAGGUGGUGGCCCCGACGCUGAGCAACCCGGAGUGCCGGUCGCAGCUGUCGUGCGCGGCGCGGCAGGUGUCGCAGGCCGUGUCGCGCCUGGGCGAGGCCGCGGCCGCCGCGCCGCCCGCCGCGCGCGACGCCGUGCAGCUGCUCACGGCCGCCGCCGCCAGGGUCGCCGAGGAGCUGGAGCGGCUGCUGGCCCACUGCGACCUGGAGCGUCGCGCCCAGCCGACAGUGACAGAGCGGUCUGUGGAGAGCGUGAUGUGCGCCAGCGAGCGUGUGGUGGGCGCGGGGGACGCGGCCGACAUGGUGCGGCAUGCGCGGCUGCUGGGGCAGGCCACCGCGCAUCUCAUCACCAGCAUCAAGACGGAAGCUGAACAGCAACCUUCAGAAGCCCAACGCAAGCUGUUGGCGGCCGCCAAGCUGCUGGCGGACGCGACCGCGCGCAUGGUGGAGGCGGCCCGCCAGUGCGCGUCCGAGCCACAGGACCGCGAGAAGCAGGAGGCUCUCCGUCGCGCGGCGGAGGAGCUGCGCUACAUCACGGUGGACUACGCGCAGGGACAGGACAUCGUCGGCUCGCAGGUCGCGCGGCUGCAGGAGAGCGCCCGGCAGGCCGCCUCCAGCGCCACGCAACUCAUCACGUCCGCUCACAACGCGACGCAGUACAACACCAACAAGUAUACUCAGGAAACUCUCCUGGAGGAGUGCAAGUCCCUGAGCGAGCAGGUCCCGCGCGUGGCGGACGCCGUCAAGGUGUCCGCCGCCAGCCCCGGCCACGCCGCCGCGCAGCUAGACCUCAUCUCCGCCUCGGAGGCCUUCCUGCAGCCGAGCGGCCACGUGAUCGCGGCGGCCCGCGGCGCGCUGCCCACGCUGGCGGACGCGCCCGCCGCCAAGCAUCUGGCCGACAACACGCAGCGGUUCACCGCCAGCACUGCCGAGCUCAGGUCAGCAGUAAGCCGCGCCCGCAUCUCGUGCAAGGGCCUGGAGCUGGACGCGGCGGCGGAGAUCCUGCGCUCGCUGCAGACCGAGCUGGACGAGCUGGAGGAGGCCGCCAGGGCCUUCGAGCUCAGACCGCUGCCGGGACAGACGGCGGAGUGGGCGUCCAGCCUGAUGAAGUCGUCGUCCCGCGCGGCGGGCGCCAGCUCGGCGGCGCUGGUGUCUGCCGCGCGGCUGCGGGAGGGCGGCGGCGCGGGCCGGGCCGCCGGGGACCUGGCCGCCGCGCUCCGGGACUACGCCGCGGGGCUGCGGGCCUCCGCCGCGCUGCAGCAGGACCGCCCGCGCCAGGAGAGGGUGAUAUCCUCCGGGCGCCAAGUCCUGUACUCCUCGCAGACGCUGGUGGAGCACGUGAAGCGGUACCUCACCAGCUCCGAGACCGUGGACACCACCUCCAUCAUGGCCAUAGCUAAGGACAUCUCGCAGGGUCUAGAGCAGACUCUAGAAGCCAUCCCCUCCCACACGGAGCUGGACGUGGCAAUGGAGAACAUCAACGAGACCCUCAACAUCCUCAACAUGGGAGAGUUCCCACCGUCAGACAGGAGCUACGGUGAGCUCCAAAGCGAGUUGAACGCGGCCGCUGUGGGACUGAACUCCGCGUCCUCCGAGGUGGUGGAGAGCGUGGAGCGGCCCGCGCAGCUGGGCGCCAGCAGCCAGGACUUCGGACACGCCUUCAACAGGCUGCUGGGCGUGUCCAUGGAGAUGGCCGGACAGACCGAGGACCGCGACGCCCAGACCCUGAUGGUGAGCAGCAUGAAAAGCGUCACCGUCAACUCUUCCAAACUCCUCGGAACUGCUAAAUCAGUCAGCCAGGACCUAGCCCGCCCCAACGCCCGCAACCAGCUGGCGGCCGCCGCGCGCGCUGUCACCGACAGCAUCAACCGACUGGUGGACGUGUGCACAGAGGCCGCCCCUGGCCAGAAGGAGUGCUCAGCCGCCAUCCGCAGCAUCGAGAGCACGCGGCCGCUGCUGACGUCGCCCACGCAGCCGCUCAGCGAGCAGGGGUACUUCGCCUGUCUCGACACCGUCGUCGAGCAGAGCAAGAGUCUGAGUGAGGGCAUGUCGUCCAUGGCCAGCUCGGUGAAGCGCAGCGAGCUGGAGCAGUUCUCGCGCGCGGUGGGGACCGUGGCCGCCGCCGUCACCGGCCUCGUCGAGUGUACCGCGCAGGCCGCCUACCUGGUGGCAGUAUCAGAUGAAACGAGCGUGGCGGGUCGUGCGGGGCUGGUCGACCAGGCGCAGUUUGCGAGGGCCGCUGUGGCCAUCGACCAGGCUUGCAGAGCUCUCUGCGACUCUUCCAGCAACCAGCAGCAGGUCCUCUCCGCGGCCACGGUGAUCGCGAAGCACACGAGCGCGCUGUGCAACGCCUGCCGCGUGGCGUCGGGCCGCACGGCCGCGCCGCAGCCCAAGCGCCACUUCGUGCAGGCCGCCAAGGACGUCGCCAACUCCACCGCCGCGCUCGUCAAGGAGAUCAAGGCGCUCGACACCGACUACAGCGAGGCCAACCGCGCCCGCUGCGCCGCCGCGACGGGCCCGCUGCAGGACGCGGUCCGCAGCCUGUGCCAGUUCGCGGACAGUCCCGAGUUCGCGUCCAUCCCGGCCAAGAUCUCGCCGCAGGCCAGGCAGAACCAGGAGGCGAUACUGGAUUGUGGCAGGAACAUAAUAUCCGGGUCGUGCUCGAUGCUGGAGUCAGCCCGCUCGCUGGCGCUGGCCCCGGCCGAGCGCUCGCACUGGCAGCUGCUGGCGCAGCACAGCAAGACCGUGUCCGACAGCAUCAAGGCGCUCGUCACCAACAUCAAGGAGCAGGCCCCGGGGCAGCGGGAGUGCGGGGCGGGCGUGAGCGCGCUGGCGCGGUCCCUGCGCGAGCUGGACGCGGCCGCCAUGCAGGCCGUGGGCCAGGAGCUGCAGCCGCGCAGGGCCAACACGCUGCAGGGCUACUCGGAACAGAUAGAGAACAGCGCUACCGAGAUGUUGGAGCGGCUGGAACCUCUCCGUAUCGCCGCCAACGGCGAGGCUGAGAACUUGGGACACGCUGUAGUACAGUUUGUGUCAUACUCGGAGCCGCUAGUAUCGGGCACAGUGGGCGCGGCGUCCAACAUCACGGAGUCGGGCACGCAGGCCGCGCUGCUGGAACACGCGCGGACUGUGCUGGAGGUGGCCGCGCAGCUGCUGCUCGACGCCAAGGCGGCCGCCGGGAACCCCAGGGCCACCCAGUGCCACAGCAAGGUGGACGCGCAGUCGGCCGCGUGUCGCUCAGCGCUGGGCGAGCUGUGCGGCUGCGUGCGCGAGCUGGCGGCCGCGCGGGGCGCUGUGGGCCCACUGCUGGACACCAUGCAGCGGGCCAUCGCCAGGCUCACCGAGCACAGGAUGUCCCUGAUCGGGUCGUACGACGAGACGGACUCGUUCGUGGACUACCAGACGCGCAUGGUGGGCGCCGCUAAGGAGAUCUCUCGCCUCGCCACAGACAUGACGGCGAAGUCGGCGACGGACGCGAGUCGUCUGGUGCAGCUCGGUAACGAGAUGUGCCAGAAGUACGAGUCACUCGCGCAGGACAGCGUCGGGGCGUCAGCCACUACACCCAACUCGGAUGUCGCGAAUAGGAUCCGCGUAGCAGUGAUAGAGUUGGGCGAGAGCGUGUCGGAGCUCAUCAAGGCAGGCGGCCACUGCCGGCUGUCCGCGAUACCGCAGAACCAGCACGCAGUGGCUGAUAGCGCCAAGGUCGUCAAUGAGAAGGUCGUGAGCAUCCUAAGCGCCCUGCAAGCGGGCUCGCGCGGCACCCAGGCGUGUAUCGACGCGGCCGCCACCAUCGCAGCCAUCAUCGGGGACCUCGACACCACCAUACUGUUUGCCAGCGCGGGCACUCUCCACUCCGAGAAAGAGAACGAGACGUUCUCCGACCACCGCGAGAACAUCCUGAAGACUGCGAAGACUCUAGUGGAGGACACCAAGACCCUGGUGGGUGGCGCAGCGGGCACUCAGGAGCAGCUCGCCACCGCCGCGCAGAACGCUGUCACCACCAUCGUGCAACUGUGCGAGGUGGUGAAGCGCGGCGCGGCGUCGCUGGGCGCCGGCGCCCCGGAGCCGCAGGUGCUGCUGCUGCACGCGGCGCGCGACGUGGCGGCGGCGCUGCGGGACCUGGCCGCCGCCACCACGGCCGCCUCGGGCAAGCACGUGGCGCACCCCGACAUGCACCGCCUCAAGCACGCCGCCAAGCGGCUGUGCGAGCGUCGCUGGAGCCUCCCCCUCAAACCCGCGACCGUCCCCCGCGCCAACCGACGCUCCAUACGACUGGACUAUAACUCCGCAGACUCGGAAACAGACAUCUUCCAAUCAGAUCAGGAAGACGAACUCAUCAAGCUCCUGGACUACUCCAGCCAGGACGACGAUGUCUCCCCGACUAUAUUUCACGAUAACUGCGAAGAAGUCAUCACUUAUAUAGAGAAUUUAAUGAUUAAACCACCAGCGAGGGUGAUCAGAAACGAUGGGUUGAACGAAAGGUAUAAUGUUGCGGCUAAGAAUAGCCUACUAGACAUGGACUUCCGAGUCCUAAAGUACGGAGAAAAUAUCCUUCUAGGAGAAGUGAAGAAGUUAGUAGACCAUGUCAAAGAUAUUGGAGAUAGAGAAGAUAAUAGGAACAAGAGAGACUUGCUCCAGAGGAUGAGAGCUAAUAAUGACCUGGAUAACGAAAUGAAAAGACUGUCAGCUGUCAUAGAGGAUCUAGAUACAGAAAUAGAAAUUAAUGUCAAAACAGAAGUCAAAAUAGAAACUGUGAAACACGAGGAUGUCAGUCUUAAAAGUCCUAUCUUCAGACUAAAGAAAAUCAGACCGGUUAAUCUAGAAAUUCAGGCACAAUCACCUGAGGCAAACGAUGCUGUAAAACAAAUCCUAAGUCCAGAAGAAAAGUCCAAAGAAGAGUCAACAGAGAUCGUUGUCAAACCCGAUGUAGUUGAGAAAGAGAAACUGAGAGAAGCAGACAGCAAUACUAUCACUAAGAAAGUAAGAAUGGAGUUCUGGAGGAUGUUCAAAGAUGAUACUGAAUGGUGGAAAGCCCUAGCUAAGAGAAAUCUAGAUAAAAUGGCUGAGACGAGAAAAGAACUAGAAAGAUUCAGCGGUAAUGAGCUAGCGUUAGGCGAAUUCCAGGCCGAAAUCGAUAAAUUCGAAAAAGAAAAACAUACUCUACAGAACUUUAUCGAUGAAGUGGACAAAUCUAGAGCUAUCAACCGAGACCUAGAAUAUAAUAAAAAAUACGAAGACAUGGUCUUAAAACUAAUAGAAUUCGCGAAAAAGGACUUUAUUUAUAAAGGAUUUGAUCCGUUAAUCGAACAACUGAAAGCGUUGUCUAACAUCAAAAUAGACAAACGAAAGAAAGUAGACAUUCAAGAAAUAUUGAACAUAUACUCUCAGAUCGAUACCAGUAAAUACACGUAUGAAGAACUAUGUCUAUUGGAAAGGUAUUACAAGGAAAUUAUAAGAAAGUACAAGAAAGACUUCAAGGACAAAGAAAAUAUACCAGAACAGUACUUUAAUACCACCAAAAACGUCUACACAACUAACAGUCUACAUAGAAAUGUCAACCAUUAUACCUACAACUCUGAUACACUAAAAAGUACAAAGUCUAACCCAGAAAGUUCUAGAAAGAUCGAGAUUUUCGACAUCACCCGCACUUACCCACAAGAAUACUACGCCAACAACUGGUGGUCGAUUUACGAAGACAUAUUGAAAAGCCGCGAACACCAAUUCGGCUCUAUAGACAACUGGUGGCAAGUCUACGAAACUAUAUUGAAUAAGAAACCAACGCAGGAAGAAAUACAGAGGAUUCGAUCUUUAGUCGAUUACAGGAGUAACUCAAGGUCGCGGCCAAACAGCCGAAUGGAGGAACAGUUGAGAAUGUUAGACGAAAUACGCAACGACCGCUUUAAAGAAACCGAGGCAGUGACAUCGCGAGACGACGAAUCGGUGAUGGUGACCAACGUGACGUCACUGCUGAAGACCGUGAAGGCGGUGGAGGACGAGCACACGCGCGGCACCAGGGCCCUGGAGUCCACUAUAGAGGCCAUCUCGCAGGAGAUCGAGGUGCUAAUGUCCUCGACUCCUCCCAAAUCGACUGCCACUCCUGAGGAGCUGAUCCGCUGCACGCGUCAGAUGACAGUCGCGACCGCGCGGGCAGUGGCCGCCGGCAACGCGAACAAGCAGGACCAGCUCACCGCCGCCGCCAACCUCGGCAGGAAGACUGUCGUGGACCUGCUCAUAGCGUGCAAGGGCGCAGCCCACGGCGCGGAGUCCGCGGAGCUGUCGGAGCGCACGAAGCUGUCGGGGCGGGCGGCGGCGCAGGCCUACCGCGCGCUGCUGGCGGCCGUGCUGGCGGCCGGCGGGGACAGCUCCGCAAGGCAGCACUUCCCCGAGCUGUCCCGCAACGUGGCGCACACCGUGGCCGACAUCAUAGCCACUGCUGAGCUGCUCAAGGGUUCGGACUGGGUGGACCCAGAUGACCCGACGGUGAUAGCUGAGAACGAGUUGCUGGGCGCGGCCGCCUCCAUCGACGCGGCCGCCAAGAAGCUGGAGUCGCUGCGACCUAGGAAGAGCGUUAAAGUACAGGAAGCUGACGAGAGCCUGAACUUUGAUGAGAUGAUCCUCGAAGCUGCCAAGUCCAUCAUCACGGCGACCUCCGCGCUCGUGAGGGCCGCGUCCGCCGCGCAGAGGGAGCUUAUAGACCAGGGCAAGGUAGCCCGUCGCCCCACCUCGUCAUCGGACGAUGGCCAGUGGUCCGAGGGUCUGAUCUCUGCUGCCCGCCUGGUGGCUGCGGCCGCGCACUCCCUGGUGGAGGCUGCCAACGCGCUGGUGCAGGGAGCAGGCUCCGAGGAGAGGCUGAUCUCCAGCGCCAGGCAGGUGGCCUCCAGUACUGCGCAGCUGCUGGUGGCCUGCAAGGUGAAGGCAGACCCGUCCUCGGAGUCGACCCGGCGCCUGCAGUCGGCGGGCGCGGAGGUGAUCCGCUCCACGGACAACCUGGUGCGCGCCGCCCGGGACGCCAUCCAGACCGAGGAGGAGAGGAGCCUCGUGCUCAACAGGAGGAUGGUGGGCGGCAUCGCGCAGGAGAUCGAUGCCCGGUCCGAGGUCCUCCGCAUCGAGAAAGAGCUAGAGGAAGCCCGCGGCAGGCUGACAGCCAUCAGACAAGCCAAGUACAAGAUCAAGGCGGGAGAGACUUCCGGAGAGGAGACCGACACCGAUGUGCAGCUCGGGUACAACAGCGACGCCUCACAACACAGAUUCAAGACCCUCAACAGCAGCUUCGCGAACACCACGUACAGCCCGAACAGCACGUACACAACCCACAACCAAUCCACCACGACGCACAACACCACCAACCUGUCCUCCCACAUCACUCACUUAAACCAGUCGAUACACGGUACUCCCGGGCAGACCGCUAAAAGCCCAGUCUCCCCUGGAUUUUACUCUACUCCGAAAAGCCCGACUGUCCCUACCAGACCCGAAGGCUAUCAGGUCAAUCAAUCAAGUCAGAGUUAUAAAGAUGAGAAGCAGUACAGUGUUCAGUCGCCGACCUUCACAAGUUUCAGACCUCAGGAGGAACCCAAACAGAAUUACGAGGGAUUCACCACUCGAGUCUCUGCCCAUGACAGAACGAUGAACAAACAGUACGAGACCCGGCUGUACGACACCCCGCGCCCCCUAGCGGACGCCAAGCACGAGAGCUCGCACUACGACUACGAGCACAAGUACUACGAGCCCCCCAAGACCCCCCUCAGCCCCAAAUUCAACGCCAGAGAACUGAAAUUCGACGAAAAACCCGAACCGAUAUACUCAACACUAAAGAAACCCUUCGAUGGAGUUGGUCAAACGUUUUCCGAACAUCAGAAGUCGACUGAAGCGAUCCCGGGCGGCACCAAACAGUCGGAGUACAAGAUCCACAGCGAAUCGUAUCAGAGCUACCCGAAAACUGAGUACAGUAAGACGGAAUACCGCGAGGAAGUCAAAUCUCCGUUUGCCUCUACGCCAAAGUUCGAUCGGUCUACGGAGCUCGUGAAAGCUGUUACGCCAGACUACGAGAGAAUCUCAUCACCUUACAAGGACUCCAGCUACGGAGGUCCGAAUUACAUGGAGGAGACAACAACCGAAGUUAAGGAAAUCCCGAAUGGGACACAAAAAAUAACAACGACUAAAAUCUACAGCUCUUCCCCAGUUAAUCUGACCUCUACUAGCACGAAAUACGAACCAAUACGCCUAGACGGGAUCGACGAACUGUCAAAAUCAUUCGACAACGACUCAAAAUACAGCACUUUAGACUCACGGUUUAACACGUUAGAGUCGAAAAUGAGUUCGGACACCAGUCGGUCGUUCAUGAGACCGUCAGAAUUCGCUUCAACAGAAUACCAAACUCAGUCUUCAACAAACGUGACCAACGCCAACGUCAAGAAGCCCUCAGACUUAGUUAAGGAGAUAGAUUCUUUAGACAAACGGUUCUCGAAGCAGACCAUCACAUCGGAGACUAUUGAACGCAAGUCUGUGAUGACGAGCUCACACAAAUCCGAGUCUUCGUCCACAAUAACGAAGAAAUUCGGAAACUUCUAAACGGUGUAACUAACUUUAAUAUACCUAGCUUUUGAAAUUACCGCUACGUAUUUACAAGUUCAAAAACUAAAAUCUUGUAAUUGUCAUAGUUCACUGCCUUACCCGACUGCAACGGAAAGAUAGGUUAUGUUGUCAUAGUACAUUUAAUUAAGUAUGAUUAUGAGCUUAAAUGACUGUGUUUAACACUUAAGAUAUGAGAAUUUAAUUAUUUUAAAGUCAAAAAUUAAUAUUUUUCUUUACUCUCCGACUAUGGUAAUUACCAGUUUUUAGAGGUAAAUAUAAGCGGUAAUAUAAUUAAGUGUUGAUAAGAAAAGGAAUUAUGUACGCAAGUUUUUGUAACUAGAUGAUAUAAUUUAUUUUAUAAAUGUUUGUGAAUUGAUGUUUUCUAACUGUCUCGAAGUUUUAACUGAAAUAGUUAUUUUGACUUCUUG